AUGCCAGUACUUACCACUGAUGCUGAGUCAGAAACAGGUAUCCCAAAAUCCCUUUCCAAUGAGCCUCCCUCAGAAACCAUGGAGGAAAUAGAGCACACAUGCCCACAGCCUCGACUGACCUUGACUGCACCGGCCCCUUUCGCAGAUGAAUCCAGCUGCCAGUGUCAAGCGCCUCAUGAGAAACUAACCAUUGCCCAGGCCCGCUUAGGAACACCAGUUGACAGGCCUGUUAGAGUGUAUGCAGAUGGCAUAUUUGACCUCUUCCACUCAGGUCAUGCAAGGGCACUUAUGCAAGCAAAAACACUGUUUCCCAACAGCUACUUGUUGGUAGGAGUCUGCAGUGAUGACCUUACUCACAAGUUCAAAGGUUUUACUGUGAUGAACGAGGCAGAGAGAUACGAAGCCCUGAGACACUGCCGCUAUGUGGAUGAAGUCAUCAGAGAUGCACCGUGGACUCUCACGCCAGAGUUCCUGGAAAAACACAAGAUUGACUUUGUGGCUCAUGAUGACAUCCCAUACUCCUCUGCUGGCUCUGACGAUGUUUAUAAGCAUAUAAAGGAAGCAGGCAUGUUUGUUCCAACACAAAGAACAGAAGGCAUCUCAACAUCAGACAUCAUCACCAGAAUUGUCCGUGACUAUGAUGUGUAUGCCCGGCGCAAUCUUCAGAGAGGAUACACGGCCAAGGAACUCAACGUCAGCUUUAUAAAUGAGAAGAAGUACCGUUUCCAGAACCAGGUGGACAAGAUGAAGGAGAAGGUCAAGAAUGUGGAGGAAAGAUCAAAGGAAUUUGUUAACAGAGUAGAGGAGAAGAGUCACGACCUAAUUCAAAAGUGGGAAGAAAAAUCAAGAGAGUUCAUUGGCAACUUCCUGGAACUGUUUGGGCCAGACGGCGCAUGGAAGCAGAUGUUCCAGGAGAGAAGCAGCCGGAUGCUACAGGCCUUAUCUCCGAAGCAGAGCCCCGUGAGCAGCCCAACCCGGAGCCGGUCCCCUUCCCGCUCACCAUCUCCCACCUUCUCAUGGCUCCCGAACAAGACCUCUCCCCCCUCCUCACCCAAAGCAGCCUCAGCCUCCAUCAGCAGCAUGAGUGAGGGGGAUGAGGAUGAGAAGUAA